UAGCACUUGAGACAGCAAAUGAGUACUCUAAUUUUACAGUUUCAUUUCGUUGAAAAUAGUCCUUGGUGGAGACUACAAGUUUAUACUCUCCACUAUGGGUUUGUCAGAGGCGAUGUCUCUAUUGUAUUGUACAUAAGAAUGAGUGAUGGAAUAUGUCAAACGAUAUGGACUAUUACGAACAUAACUUAGAACGCAACAUCGGAUCGUGCCCUGACUCACAAACUGAAUUACAACUCCUUAAUGUCAGCUUAGAUAACAUAGUGUUGGAUGAGAUACACUUGUUAUUGAAGAUUGGAGGUUGCCCUGUCAAGAAUAUGGUGACAUAUGUCACAAAUAAAGACAGCAUGACACAUGUAAGACAUUUGUUCGGCAAUAUAAUAACAUACACAAUGACCUCAAAAUGGAAGGAUUUGCCAAACGAAACAUUACUCCUUAUAUGCAUGCUUUUGUAUAUCAUGUCCCCUGUCAAAUGUUGAGGCAUAAUUCUUUAAACAUAUGUCAUAUGUAGUUGAACCUUCAUGAAUUUAUGAUGUAUUGCUGUUUACAGGCAGGGAAGUUCAAAGGCCAGUUUAUGACUGAUAGCAAGAAGAGGAAGCAUUUUGCAAAACACAAAAUUGCUCAAUUGAAGAUAGAAGUGAUUUACUUUUGCUAUUUGGUAGAUGUAAUCCCAAUUUAUCCCAAAAAGUGACCGCAGUACCCACCCAAGAUUUUGAUGAAAAAGGCUUGAACAAGUGAAAGUAAAAUUCAUUUUCUUGAUUUUCUGAUUUUCAAGUGGAUGCAAUUAAUUUUUUUAGGUGCAAGCCUCUUUAAAAUGCCAAUUUGUUCAGGCCCCCACUUGGUUUAUUGGUGGUAAAAUCACUUACGUCUUGUUUGUUCUAAUAUAAAUAUAUAUUAUAUAGCAAUUUUUAUGUGUGAUAUAUUAUGAUUUGC